UGAAUUGCCAAAAAUAAUCUUAUCUUGCUAGACGAAACACGAUAAUGCAGUGCGGAGAAUUUGGCAAAUGCACUUGAUUUUAUUAUGUACUUUAUUAGUGAUGGACUGAAUCUUUUAACCAUAGCAAUGCAUCAUAUUCAAACUUUUUCUGAUAAACUACCCAAGUAACCAUCCAGCACUAACGAUUAGUAAUAAAUCUGUAAUUAACCAGCACGCUAAAGCAAAUCAGUCAUAUAACAGCACAGUGUUAGCUAAUUAGCUCUAAAUCGAUUUGCAUUACCCUCAGCUGAUUUAUUGCUGAUUACCUGCAAAAACUGGAAACACUGCUAGCGAUAUAGAUUUUUGACAAACUGGCAACUUUGUCUCGCUUGUCAAACCGUAAAAAUCCAGCAAAUCGAGCAAAUCUGUCUGUUCAAUUCCAGUAUUUUCACACUUUUUCGACCAUGGAAAACUCUGGUUGCUGGGAAACAUUCGUGAAAAGUACCAACUUUAAACGGAAAGUGCAACAAUAUCUAUCGAAGACGCGUUAUUCCGAAGACAGCCAGGUUCCGGAUUCUCCAGAGGAACACGAAGAAUCGCUUCAGGAAUCUGCAUUUAUUGAGAACGCCGCCGCCGCAGUCGACGAUUUUUUUGUUGAAAACUCCGGCGAAACCAUCGACGACGAUGCUGAGGAGCCAGCGGACGAUGCCGAGGAGCCUGCGGACGAUGCCGAGGAGCCUGCGGACGAUUCCGCCGAUUACAGUCCAGAUGAAUGGUCUGACCAGGAAGAUACUAUCGAGGACACUGAACCUGAGAGUUUGGAGGUUUUUCUACAACGCUGGAGUCUGGAACACAAAAUCACCCACUCUGCCUUGAAGCCCUUACUAGAUCGAUUGAGUUUGGUGGAUCGAACGUUAUCAACAGACCCGCGACGAUUGCUGGGGACUCCCCGAAAGGAACCUGAAUUGAUUCAGAUUGAGGGUGGCCAGUACUGGCACCAUGGAUUGGAGCACAGUCUACGGAUUGCGUUCAACAAACUAUCGAAUCCUCGGAACAUCUCGAUCAACAUCAAUAUUGAUGGCCUUCCCAUCUUCAAGAACGGGACAGACCAACUUUGGCCAAUACUGUUCAACGUCCACGAGGAACCUACCAUGAAGCCCAUGAUAAUUGGUGUUUAUUGCGGUCGUACGAAACCAAAACUGAUCGAACAGUUUUGGAUCAGUUUGUUUCAGAAUGUGAAUUAAUUUUUCAAAAUGGAAUCGAGAUUAACGGACACUUACUUUCUGUUGAAAUUCGAAUGUUUAUUUGUGACUCUCCGGCGAGAUCAUUUAUCAAAGGUUGUGUCAACUUUAACUCCUUCCACGGGUGCAUCAAGUGCACAGCGGUUGGAAAACGCUGCCCGGAACAGAGAACUAAUACCUACCCGCUAGCAUUAGCCCCGAAGAGGACGGACCAGGGCUACCGUAACAAAUGUUACGAUGGUCAUCACCAAGUGUACAAGUACAAAGAAGCUGGCAAGUUAAAGCAAACGUACGUGGAGAGCCCUUUGUUGCGCCUUAACAUCAACAUGAUCGAAGACAUUAUUGUGGGGGAUUCGCUGCACCUGCUUCAUUUGGGAGGAAUGAAGAAAUUGCUUUCAAUGUAUAAAGAUGGCAAUAUGUACCUGCAAAAAUGGACACAAAUUACGCUGCAGGAACUAAAUGAAAUUUUAGCUUACACUAAGUUACCAGUAGAAAUACACAGACAGAUGCGAAGCCUGAACUAUUUAUGCCACUGGAAAGGGACAGAGUUAGCUUCUUUUCUUAACUAUGUUGGAAUUGCUAUUCUUAAACCGUUUCUUAGUACUGAACACUACGAACACUUUUUGAGCUUGUUUUGUGCAAACACAAUAUGCUCGUCAGAUCACUACAAAGCAUUUAUUCCAGUCGCUAAAACUCUCUUUGAAAACUAUGUAAAGAACUACAAGAAGUUUUUCAAAUGUAUAACAAGUAACACACACAACUUGAUUCACGUCGCAGAAGAGGUAGAAAGGUUUGGACCGUUACCAAAAAAUUCGUCUUAUCCAUUUGAAAAUCAUUUAUACCAGUUGAAAAAUAUGGUACGGUCUGGUAGGCUACCCCUUAACCAGAUAAUUAACAGAAUUCACGAGAAAGAGUUACUUGCCCAGAAAACAAAACCUUUAAUAUUUAAGUUCCCGCUAGUUGUAGUUCCAUUCAAACAUGAUUGUACUAAAUUUUCGUGCAUUGUUAUAAGGGAUGGAUUCACCCUAAAAGCUAAUCAUUUUGCUGACAAAUGGUUUCUUACUAACGAUUUUAAGGUUGCAUCAAUCAACUUUGCUACCAACAACCAUUCUGUUUAUGGUUCACAAUUAAAGUAUACU